UCGUUGUUCUGAGACAGACGACACAUCAUCGUGCACGGAGGAACACGCACAGAGCUCCAGUCCGAUGAGGAUGCUCAGCUCCAGGCCUUUAGGUUUCAUCUAACGUCGGCGUGUUGGUGGGUUUCCUGCAGAGCAUCGCACAAGACGAUCAUGGCAGAAACGGAGUUACAAACCUUUACCUCGAUCAUGGACGCGCUGGUUCGCAUCAGUUCCAACAUGAAGAGCAUGGAGCGGGAGCUGCACUGCCCGGUGUGUGACGAGAUGGUGAAGCAGCCCAUCCUCCUGCCGUGUCAGCACAGUGUGUGUCUGCUGUGUGCGGCUGAGGUGUUGGUGCAAAAGGGUUAUCCUCCACCUGAGCUCCCUCCAGAACCCCACUCACCGGCCUCCACGCCCAACACUCGCUCCCCGCGUCAGGGACGAAGACCCACGCCGAGGACCCCCGACCGCCUGGAGCGGGUCCUCAGAACAGUGUGCGGGACAUACCCGGGGCGAAGGCGGAAAGACGCCCCUCCCCCCAUGUUGUUCCCAUGUCCUUCCUGUCAGCAGGACGUGGAGCUUGGAGAAAAAGGCCUGACAGAAUGCCUCCGCAACCUCACUCUGGAGCGUAUCGUGGAGAGGUACAGGCAAACGAUAAGUAUGGGCAGUGUGGCCAUCCUGUGUGGUUUCUGUAAACCCCCUCAGUCUUUGGAGGCCACUAAAGGCUGUGCCGACUGUAAGUCCAACUUCUGCAACGAGUGUUUCAAACUGUACCACCCCUGGGGAACUCCCCGGGCUCAGCACGAACACAUCCUACCCACCAACAACUUCAGACCAAAGGUCUUAAUGUGCACGGAGCACGAGCAGGAGAAACUUCUGUGGUACUGCCGCAACUGCCAGAGGCUGCUGUGUCCGCUCUGCAAGCUCCGACGAGUCCACCAUGGACACAAAGUGUUGCCUAUAGCACAGGCCUACCAGGCCCUCAAGGACAAGGUCAACAAGGAAGUCGACUUCAUCCUGGCCAAUCAGGAGACAAUACAGAGUCAGAUCACUCAGCUGGAAGCAGCCAUCAAACAGACGGAGGCUAACAGCACAGUAGCCCUACAGCACCUGAUCCACAGUAUCCGGGAUCUGGGAGCAGCCGUAGCCGAGCGUCAGGGGGCUUUGGCUCUGGCCGUGGAGGGCUCUCGCAGCAGGAGGGAGGAGGCCCUGUCUGCUCAGGUCUCAGAGAGGCGUGGACUGAUGGAACACGCGGGCCUGAUGGCCUACACACAGGAGCUGCUCAAGGAGACUGACGCACCCUGCUUUGUACAGGCUGCCAGAGUGACUCACAACAGGCUGGUGAAGGCCAUCGAAAACCUGCAGUGUUUCACCUUCGCUGCGGAUUCCUCCUUCAGACAUUUUCACCUGGACGCGACCAAAGAGAUCAAACUCAUCAACAGCUUGGAAUUCAUCCGUGCUCCAGUGGCUCCAGUCAUCGACACUCAGAAGACAUUGGCAUACGACCAGCUGUUCCUGUGCUGGCGCCUCCCUCAGGACUCGGCCCCGGCUUGGCACUUCUCUGUGGAAUACCAGCGACGGGCGGGAGGAGCCGCGGCCACGUGGGGCGGCACCAGAUCCCCCGACGCUGAGACGUCAUGGCAGCGCCUGGAUGAAGUGAGAGGGACCAGUGCCGUGGUCGAGCGGCUGCAGAUCGACAGCGUGUACGUGCUCAGGGUGAGAGGGUGCAACAAGGCCGGGUUCGGAGAGUACAGUGAAGAGGUGUACCUCCACACCCCCCCCGCACCUGGUCUGUGUCAUUUUUUUAUUUAUACAGUUCAUCCAUUGUUCGAUCUUGUCGGUUCUACAUAUGUGCUGAGUUUCUCCCUGGACUCUCGCUGGGGUUUGCACUCUGACAGGCUGGCGCUGGGUAGAGGCCAGACGUACGCCCGCAGCGUGCCGGGCCUCUCCCUCCUGCAGGCUGCUGACCGCACGCUCACUUCCUGUCACCUGACAUCGGACCUGCUGGUGGCUGACCUGGCCGUCACUCAGGGCCGACACUACUGGGCGUGCUCUGUGGAGCCUGGUUCCUACCUGGUAAAGGUGGGAGUAGGCCAGGAGACGAAGCUACAGGAGUGGUUCCACCUCCCUCAGGACAUGGCCAGCCCUCGCUGUGACCCAGACAGCGGCCAUGACAGUGGAGCAGAAGACGGCCAGGACUCCCCUCCCUUCUGCUUCCUCACCAUAGGCAUGGGCAAGAUCCUGCUCCCUCAAGGGCACGGUCACAUACAGAGCCAGGCGGACAGCCAGAGCCACGGAGGAGUGCACUCCCACGGCAGCAGCCACAGCAACAUGCCUCACCCUCACACGGCUCCUCUGCCGCCCCGACUGGGAGUGUUACUGGACUGCGACAAGGGACGGGUCACCUUCUACGACGCCCACUCGUUGCGGAUGCUGUGGGAGACGCACGUGGAUUGCUCAGCUCCGGUGUGUCCGGCCUUCUGUUUCAUCGGCGGGGGAGCCCUGCAGCUUCAGGACCUCGUGGCCAGUCGGAGCGUCGAGGAGCCGCCGCCGCGGAGGGUGACCAUCCAGACACGGGCGACAAAUCUGAGCAAGUAAAGAAGGAGGCAGUUUAUGGGCACGGUUCACUCAGAGAUCACUGGUCAUGUUGUUGGAGGACGAGAAGGUGUGUGAGUUCAUUAAAUAACAGCCUUUGACACUUAAAUGAACUGUCAACGAUUGGGAGACCCCACGACAAAUAUCUGAUAUUGUUUUGCAUUUGCACCUGAAAAUAUCAAAUCUCUCUUUCUUGCUUGAUCAUAUUUUUGUUCCUUAACUAUGGACAUUGUGGCUGAAGUGAUUUCCAACUAUGCAGAAUCCUGUAGACAGGGUGAGUCAAGCACCUUUCUAACAGAUUAGGACAAUGACUUGCGUUGUAAGAAGAUCUGCCGUCCAUUUACACUUGUCUUAGCUUUUCCCAGGCAUCAAAAAAUUGCAUGCAAGUGUAACUUGGAUACAUAACUUACAGCAAUGCAGGUAACUGUCACCUUGUAACCGCACCUCAGAUGAAGGGUAUGUCUAAUUUUCUAUCUUAAUUCUGAUAUAGCCUCAUCAAUGUGUCAAUAUUGCAGAGUUACAGAGUUUGAAUAUGUUUCGGUUGGUGAUUAGUAAACCCCUGCUGGCUCGUGUCAGGACAUGAACGUUUUUAUAGUCACAGUUUUGCAUUUCAAAAGGAUGUGCGUGACAUGUCGGCUGAGUCAACGUCUCACCGCUGCCUCUGCGUUUUCAGACUUACAGAGAUCAGAGUUUUAAAAACAAGGUUGUGAAGAACAAUGCUCUCGUCACGCUGGUUUACUCACAAACCUGUGAAGACGUUUCAUUGUUUUACGUUUCGAGAAAAGUUGAAAAUUCAGAUGGCCUACUUGUUCGGUAUUAAACUGUGGAGUCUGACUGAUUUGCACAUACAUAUUAAUGAUCAGCUGGAGGAAGUGGAGGGAUGACAACCAGCUGAAGAAGGUCUAUUAGCUCUGGUUUCUUACAGCGUUUCCCUAACGCAACUGACAGUCGCUCAUUUACUAACUGACUGACUCCCAGUUAGGUCGAGGGAAUGUAGGAGUCGAGUUAUGUUUUAUUACAAUGCAAGAGAUUGUCUUUAUUCUAAUUUUUUCAAAUCAACUGGCUCUGACUGUAUUUUAAUAUAUAACAUGAUUUUCUGGUGUGUUUGUGUGUGACUGAGAGAGGGAGAGCUCUGGCUGUGACUUUCAUGCUUUCUGAUGUGUGUGUUUGUGUGUGUAUGUGUGCGUGUGUUUGUGUGUGUGUAUCCUGUCUUGAACAACUCGUGUCGACUCCUCUUCUCCCGUUACAGCGCAGCACUUGAAUGACUUUGGACUGUAGCAUCUCAGAAAUCAGAAUCGACAACUUUAGACUUUGCAGAAUGUUUCUAUCAUGUCACGACAAACACAAUAAAUGACUGAAAACUAA